AUGGGCUCGACUCAACCCGAAUUCAAGAACCCCGCCACCACCACUCUGCUAGAGCUGGUCAAGGCCCGGCGCACAUACUACGGCCUCAAGGCUGAGAGCCCCAUCUCGGACGAGGCCAUUGAGCGCAUCGUCCAGGAUGCCGUCCUGCACGUCCCUAGCUCCUUCAACACUCAGACCUCCCGUGUGGUCCUCCUGCUCAAGGAGGAACACCAGAAGCUCUGGGACAUUGCCAUCAACAUCAUGGAGGGCCUCGUGGCUGCCGGCAAGGUCCCCAAGGAGAUGUUUGAGAACCACACCAAGCCCAAGCUGAACGCCUUCCGCGCCGGCUAUGGAACUGUUCUCUUCUUCGUCGACUACGACUCUCUCGCUGCUAUCAAGGAGCAGUUUGCCAUCUACGCCGACAAGUUCGAUCCUUUUGCUCUCGAGUCUAAUGCCAUGUCGCAGUACCUCGUCUGGACUGCGCUUUGCUCCGAAGGCCUCGGUGCCAAUCUCCAGCACUACAGCCCCCUGAUCGACGAGCAGGUGCAGAAGACCUGGAACAUCCCUGCCUCGUGGAAGCUGGAUGCCCAGCUCGUCUUUGGUACUCCUGCCAGCGAGCCUGGCGAGAAGACCUUCCAGCCCAUUGAGGACCGCUACAAGGUUUUUGGAAAGUAG